ACUGCUACCUCUGCGCUCACAGAGGGAAAACUCCGCGCAAAUAGACCAGGAAACCGUGAGGAGACGCCAGGAGGAGAGGAGGGAAAGGAGAACUUUUCCGAGUGGAGGAAAUAGUUGCCACACAUUUUUCCGGGAGGUUUUUGUCUUUUCGGGAGCGAAGGGGGGGAUUUUGGACCAUGCCUGCUGAAGUGAAACAGGAGCAGAGCCCCAGCAACGCCACAUCCCUGGCUAUGAUGCAGGAGCCGCAGGAGGUGGUGGAGGAGACGGUCACCAUAGAGGAGGACCCCGGCACCCCCACCUCCCACGUCUCGGUGGUCACCUCUGAUGAUGGCACCACACGGCGCACAGAAACCAAGGACUUGUCAACUAACGUGAAGGUGACUAAGAUGGUGAAGACGGUGACCACACGGACAGUGCGUCAGGUGCCCCUGGGCCCCGACGGCUUGCCCCUGCCUGAGGGCUCAUCCCCACUAGGCAGCUACACCGACUCCAUCGACCGGCGCUACAUGAAGAACGGAGGUGACCGCUUCAUCACGCCUCAAGCAACCUCCACCCUGACGCGCUCCUACAACAACUCCUACAACGAUUCAUACGGCGAGACACCCGAGAGCCAGUACGUUCGCCACUAUGGCCUGCACGAUGGCUACGCCGAUUUGACAGACAACUACGGCAGCCUGUCACGCGGCGUCAACUUCCGGCCGCCGCGCUACCCCUACCUGCCCAACAGCUACCGACCGGAGAACAGCUACACGCUGCCUAUUCGCAAGGAUGACUAUGGCCAUGUGGCCCAGCCCCAGGUGCCUAUGGGUAGCAGCACUGUGGAUCUGAACCGCUCGCAGCCAGAGCGUUUCCAGCCCGAGCCAUAUGGCCUGGAGGACGAUCGGCGCAGCCUGGGCCCUGAAGAGGAGGAACCGUACGAGCUGGAGCCUGACUACUCCACCGCCAACCGACGCACCCUGCAGGGCGCCAACCGCGGUCGCACCCACCGGGAACCUCUUCGCGACGGGCCUCGAGUCAGAGGGUACCCGGACGACCCCAUUGAGGCGGAGCUGAUCGAUGAGCGCCACCCUUACAUCCAUGGCAUGUAUUCAGCACCGCUGGCCCAGCCAGAGAGGGGGAGCAUGGCCAGUCUGGACCGCAUGGGCGGCCGGCGCUCACCGUCCAUCGACAGCAUCCGCAAGGACCCGCGCUGGCGUGACCCGGACCUGCCUGAGGUCAUCGCCAUGCUGGGCCACCCCAUCGACCCGGUUAAGUCCAACGCCGCCGCCUACCUGCAGCACCUGUGCUACGAAAAUGACAAGAUCAAGAAGGAUGUGCGUCAGCUGAAGGGGAUUCCUGUUCUGGUGGGGCUUCUGGACCACCCCAAAUCCGAAGUCCACCGCAAGGCUUGUGGUGCCCUGCGCAACAUCUCCUACGGCAAGGACAAUGACAACAAGGUGGCCAUCAAGAACUGUGACGGCAUCCCGGCCCUUGUCCGCCUGCUGAGGAAGACCAAUGACAUGGAGGUUCGAGAGCUCAUCACCGGGACCCUGUGGAAUCUGUCGUCCUAUGAACCCCUGAAGAUGGUGAUCAUCAACCACGGCCUGCAGACCAUGACCAACGAGGUCAUCAUCCCCCACUCGGGGUGGGAGCACGAGCCAAACGAGGACUCAAAGCCCCGCGAUGCCGAGUGGACCACCGUCUUCAAGAACACCUCCGGCUGCCUCAGAAAUGUGAGCUCAGAUGGGGCAGAGGCUCGGCGCAGACUGAGGGAAUGCGAGGGAUUGGUGGACGCCCUGCUGCACGCUCUCCAGUCAGCUGUGGGGAAGAAAGACAUGGACAACAAGUCUGUGGAGAAUUGCGUUUGUAUCAUGAGGAACCUGUCCUACCACGUUCACAAAGAGGUGCCGGGGGCCGAAAAGUUCCAGGACCCCUCAGCGCUACAGGCCCCUGGCUCAGCGGGACCACAGAGGAAGAAAAAGGAUGAUGCCGGCUGCUUUGGAGGCAAGAAGGCCAAAGGCAGAAAAAACGGUGAGAACGACAAAAACUACGACACAUUGGAUCUGCCCAAGCGUGCAGAGCCGUCAAAAGGCUUUGAGCUGCUGUAUCAGCCGGAAGUGGUGAGGCUCUACCUAUCUCUGCUGACGGAGAGCCAGAACUACAACACCCUGGAGGCCGCUGCCGGGGCCUUGCAAAACCUCAGCGCUGGACAGUGGACCUGGUCCAACUACAUCCGAGCCACAGUGCGUAAGGAGAAAGGUCUUCCCAUCCUGGUGGAGCUGCUGCGCUCCGACUCUGACAAGGUGGUCCGAGCUGUGGCCAUCGCCCUGCGCAACCUUUCCAUCGACCGCCGCAACAAGGACCUGAUCGGAAGUUAUGCCAUGCGUGACUUGGUGAGCAACCUGCCCAGCGGCCAGCAGCGGCCUGCCAAAAACCUGGAGGAGGACACCGUGGUCGCCAUCCUCAACACGAUCCAUGAGAUUGUCACUGACAGCUCUGAAAACGCCCGCUCCCUCAUCCAGGCCCAGGCCAUUGAGAAGCUGGUCGCCAUCAACAGGACCAGCCAAUCAGCUCGCGAAACGAAGGCGGCGUCCCAUGUAUUGCAGACGGUCUGGAGUUACAAGGAGCUGAGGAACGCCUUGACCAAGGACGGCUGGAACAAGAGCCACUUCCAGCCCACCGUGACAGCCACCCCUAAAGCAACCAAGAACGGCAAGCCGGGCUACGACGACACCACUUUACCCCUGAUGGAGAAGAACCAAGGCACCAGGAAAUGUGGCAGUGGUGAUAUGAUACCUAUGGAUGAGCUGGGUCCAGAUGGUUACUCCACCAUUGACCAGAGGGACAAGGACUGCAAAUACAAGACAGGCGACGGCUCAGUGGACCUGACAGAACGGGAGCCAUUAAAGAAUGACACAAAUAGGAAACACUAUAUAAGGAGUAACAGGCCUGCGGUCAGUCUGGUGGACGCUUGUGAUGUUAAGCCCCAGCCUGUUGACUCCUGGGUCUAAAUGCAUGCAUGGCUUAAAGUAACGACAGUGCGACACCCCAGCUAGAGGAGGGUCUCUCAUAUCACCACUGCCAUUUCACACGGAACUCAUCUUUGGAGUUGGACUUUGUACAGAAAAGAGGAUUUUAAAAAAAGUAAUGAUCACAACAGCAACUACCCAGCAGCAGCCAGCAUUCUCAUGCUUUUCAGAAAAAAAUGAAAAAAAGAAUAAAAAGUGACUACUCCGACUACAUUCACAUAUCCACAUUCCCACUGGACAUCAUGUGAAUUUUACAGUGUUGACUCUUGUUGAGCUCUACCGGAGACAAGAAACUGACAGAGGCCGGUGCUGGUGGAGGAAAUGGACGUAUGCAGGGCGGACGGCGUGAGGUCGAGGAAGUGGAGGGAAAAAGAACGUGUGUUGGCAGGAAACCUGUCGGAGAAGAAACUGGAGAUGGAUGUUUUUUUCAUUUCAGUUUUCACACCUGGAAGAAGUUCAUGCCCUGAUUUUGUGGGUUUUGGAGAAUUUUUGCUUUCAGCUUGUUGUCAAGCUUUGGUAUUUUGAUGUGAACAGGUAUGGACCGGUGUGUUUGAAGGUCACUGAAUGUUUGUUUUCAGAUUGGUGGGAUGGACGCGAGAAAAGAAAAGUAAAAGGAGAGAAACCGAGCCUGAGAAGAGCUGUAGCAUAGUGGAUAAACACGUACUCCCAGCAGCCUGCUCUCAUAGACUUACAAUCCAUUUGGUUCACUGUGUUUUUUCAAAAAAAAAAAAAAAAAAACUGAGAUGCUUUGAAAUCAAAAGUGGUUAACAGGUGAUUUAUAAAGUGAGGAGUCUGCAAGUUGCAGUCUGCAGGAAGGAAAGUGACAUCAGAUGGAAAUCAAAGUUUCUGUUCACACUGCAUCGUAAAAGUAAGCUAAAAUGGAACCGAAACUCUCCGUUUCAUUUCGGUCGACGUGUAUGAGCCGAGCGGCGUGCCGACCCGCCGUCACAGAGCCGUGGUUACUGAGCGUAACCACUCAGGUUGUGUAGCGACGCAGUUCCACGAGUUUCCUGGCUGGUUGCUCUUUGUCAAUGAUGUUUAUUAAAGAGGAUAUAAGGCAUUUUGUUUAUAAAUGAUUUGUGUUUUUGAAAAGAGAGGCAGAAGAUUGUUCUCUUGUUGAAAGGCUAGAUCUAAAAGCAUUUUUAUUUUUGUUGGGUUUUAUAUAAAUGUAUAUUAGGGUCAAAAGGAAAAAAACGGAAAAAUGAAGGAAAAAAACAACAAAAAUUACAGACUUCUUAGUUGUAUAUUAAUAUCACAUUGUUUGGAAAGCACAUCUCAUUUGAUAAAGGCUCACCAUGUUUGUAAACAAGAAAUAACCACGUAACUUAAAUGUGUGUCAGAUAUUGUCGAGUUACGCCGACGAUCACCUAUUUAUAUUUUGUAUUUGUCGAAAAAAGAGUUACAGAAAAAAGUUUAUCUGCAGUGUUCUUAUAAAGGCGAUGAAUUCCACGUGGUCUGACAGCCCCUACAUCUUUGACGUAGACACUCUGGGGGGGUCAGAGGUCAGACAGAGGUAAAGGGAUAGACAAGAAGAGAUGGCAGUGUUAAUACAAGUCCCUUCAUUUUUCUUCCCGAUGCAUUCAGACCAAGUUACCGCCAACCCUGAACCCUCCUUCACCGGUGCAUCUUAAAGAGAAAUAUUCAGUCGUGAGCAUGAAGAAAAACUGUACAGAUGUUUAUAUUCUAUUCUUUCCAAGUGCCAGUUUUUUUGUGGUGUCAUUUGGAUAUUAACUAAUUCAUUCAUGUGCAGGACGAAAGUACAGGUGGACGAGUGGAUCUGGAUGGAGGCAAAAUAACAGAGUCGCAUCACACUGUAAAAAACAGAGCAUCACGUUUGGUCACAUAGUAUAUAUUUUUACAACGUUUUAGGGUGGGCAGUUGUGAUGUAGAAAAGCAGAGGGAUACAGAAUCAUGUUGCCAUUUUUCUCUCACUUGGUGAGACUGCAGACAGAAUCCAGUGAUAACGUGCACUCAUGCGUCAUCAAGGCGAACGGCAUGUGCCUGCAUUGAAGUCUGAUUUUUCUUUGUGACGUAUGUGACUUUAUAAAGCUUGCAUAUUUUACACAGUGUUUACAAAGAUGUACGUUGUGGUAAAAAUCAAUAAACUACAAAAAAAAAAAAAAAAAAAAAACAUACUGUAUAAAUUUUAAUUU